AUGGAGGCCGCGGUGGAGGACGCGGCGGUUGACCCGCGCUUCGAGUCCUUCCUCGCGGACGCGACGGACCCGACGACUCCGGACGAGAUCCAGGCGCAGAUCCGCGCGGGCCUCGCGCGCCAGUACGCCAACCCUCCAGUCGCCCAGACCGAGCGAUGUCUGCGACAAAAUCUCACCCCCGAACGGUGCCGCGCUCUGGUGUACUGGCCGGACGAGGAUGACGCGUCGCUGUACCCGGCGCUGCUCGCGGACCCGCCGCCGGGCGCGCCGGAGGACCACCCGCAGUUCAGGUGCCAGGUGACGUACCUGAUGUCCCUGUACCUCUGCCACUCGAAGCGCUGGGCGUUCGCGAAGGGGUUCAUCCUCGCGGGCGGACUCCGCGCGCUCGUCGGGAUGUGCGCGCACCCGAACCUUCACCUGCGCGGCCAGGCGAUGGAGACGCUCGGCGCCCUCACCCGCGAGGAGCUCUACCCGUGGCACGAGCCCCCCGUCGCGGGAUCGUCCUCGGACGCGGCGCUGCACGCGCGGAUGCUCGAGCUCGCGCGAACCCCACUCGUGCCCAACCUGGUGCUCAACUACGACGCCCCGUUUCCCGGAGCCUCGUCGCUCGCGCUGCGCACCCUGGCGUUCUUCGCCUCCUACCUCAGGCUCCGGCACUGUCCGAACAACGUCCUGCGUCUCAGCGACGACCUGCUCGCGACGCUGACGCGCUGGUCUACGCGCGAUGACGAACACGUGUCCGACGACGAGCGCCAACUCGCCAAGACUCUUCUGGAAGACUUUGGAAAGUUCGCAGACGUCGCCGACGCGCCGACGCUCAACGGCCCGGACGCCGCGCGCGCCGCCGCGGAGUUGGCGCAGCGCCAGGGCGCGGACGUCCUCGACGUUGAGGUCGGCGUUUCGAACCCGGGAGCGGCGGGCGCGGACCCCGACGGCGCCGUCGUCGUCGCGGACAGAACCGUCGUGAUGACGGGAUCGAAGUCGACAAACGCAGCCGACUCGAGCUCCAACGCCCGCGACCGACUCGAUCCGAACGACGCCGACACCGGCGACGCGCACCGGCGACGCGGCAACGACGCCUUCGCGCAAAAGCGAUGGUCCGCCGCCAUCGAGCACUACACCCGCGCCAUCGACGCGCCGGUGAGUUACGCGCGACUCUUCGACGAGGCGCCGCGACGAGCCGCCUACCACGCCAAUCGAGCGGCGGCGUACUUGGCUCGAGGGAACUCCCCCGGCGGCGGUUACGGGCAGUUCGACGCGUGCGGGCACCUCGAGAACCACGCGUGGACGGACGGCGACGACGGCGAUGGCGCGGUGGCGACCGCGGCGGCGCUCAACGCGAAGGCGGCGCUGUUGGACUGCGACGCGGCGCUCGAGAUGUCGCCCGGGCACGUCAAGGCGAAGUUCCGGAAGGCGCAGGCGCUGUGGCGGCUCGCGCGGGUCGGGGAGGCGAGGACGUGCGCGAUGAGCGCGCUGCACGGCGCGCCGGACGAGGCGACGGAGGCGGAGGUGAGGGCGCUUCUCGAGAGCUUCGACGCGCCGUGGCGGCCGACUCCUUUCCCGGCGCGGGGCGGCGAGCGGCGAGAGCGCGGCGGGGAAAGGACGACGAAGGAACGAAACGGCGCCGGGGUUUCCACCGAGAAGGGGCGAACGGAAGGCGACGACGACGACGACGACGGCGUUGGGGCACCGGCGCCGGCGGGCGUCAUGGGGGGCAUGAGCGAUCUUCUCGCGUCCCUGGGGGCUUCGAGCGACGACGGGUACCCGGAUUUCGACGAACUCGCCAACUUCAAGUCGGCGGGCGCGGAUGAGGUCUUCGCCGAGGUGGACCGAUUCGCGGCUGAGAUGAGGGCGAAGGGGUCUUCUCGCGAGACGCCCUCGGCGGCGUCCGGCAUCGACGCGUUGGGCUCGGUGGACGGCGACGAACUCUACGGACUCGACUGAUGA